AGUCCGCUCUGAACGUGCUAAAAUGGGAAGGAGGCGGUGUUUUGCUGAUCUGUUAAAUUCUUAGUGAAGUUUCCUUGAUUUCCAGUGGCUGCUGUCGUGUGAGUUUGGUUUGGAGCAAAACUGAGGUAGUCCUAACAUUUCUGGGACUGAAUCCAGGCAAGAGAAAGAAGAAAAAGAAGAAGAAAAAGAGGAGGAAAAAGCCUGGAAAACAUAUUAAUCCCAGUGCUUUUACGCCCGGAAACAAAGAGACUAAGCCAGACUGUGGGGGAAAGGGAGAUAAGAAGGAUCCUGGAACUUUAAAGAGGGAAAGAGUGAGAUUCAGAAAUCGCCAGGACUGGACUUUAAGGGACGUCCUGUGUCAGCACAAGGGACUGGCACACACAGACACACGAGACCGAGGAGAAACUGCAGACAAAUGGAGAUACAAAGACUUAGAAGGACAGCUCCUUUCACCUCAUCCUACUUGUCCAGAAGGUAAAAAGACACAGCCAGAAAGAAAAGGCAUCGGCUCAGCUCUCAGAUCAGGACAGGCUGUGGAUCUGUGGCGGCACUUUGAAAGCUGGAGCUGCAGCACACCCCUUUUGUAUUGCUCACCCUCGGUAAAGAGAAAGAGGGCUGGGAGGAAAAGUAGUUCAUCUAGGAAACUGUCCUGGGAACCAAACUUCUGAUUUCUUUUGCAACCCUCUGCAUUCCAUCUCUAUGAGCCACCAUUGGAUUACACAAUGACAUGGAGAAUGGGACCCCGUUUCACUAUGCUGUUGGCCAUGUGGCUAGUGUGUGGAUCAGAACCCCACCCCCAUGCCACUAUUAGAGGCAGCCAUGGAGGGCGGAAAGUGCCUUUGGUUUCUCCGGACAGCAGUAGGCCAGCUCGGUUUCUGAGGCACACUGGGAGGUCUCACGGAAUUGAGAGAUCCACUCUGGAGGAACCAAACCUUCAGCCUCUCCAGAGAAGGAGGAGUGUGCCCAUGUUGAGACUGGCUCACCCAACAGAGCCGCCAGCGGGCUCGGACAUCGAUAGGGCCCCCAUGAGACCUGAGCAAAGACCAGCAACCAGGAGCUCCCCGCGUGAGAUGAUCAGAGAUGAGGGGUCCUCAGCUCGGUCAAGAAUGUUGCGUUUCCCUUCGGGGUCCAGCUCUCCCAACAUCCUUGCCAGCUUUGCAGGGAAGAACAGAGUAUGGGUCAUCUCAGCCCCUCAUGCCUCGGAAGGCUACUACCGCCUCAUGAUGAGCCUGCUGAAGGACGAUGUGUACUGUGAGCUGGCGGAGAGGCACAUCCAACAGAUUGUGCUCUUCCACCAGGCAGGUGAAGAAGGAGGCAAGGUGAGAAGGAUCACCAGCGAGGGCCAGAUCGUGGAGCAGCCCCUGGACCCUAGCCUCAUCCCUAAGCUGAUGAGUUUCCUGAAGCUGGAGAAGGGCAAGUUUGGCAUGGUGCUGCUGAAGAAGACGCUGCAGGUGGAGGAGCGCUACCCAUAUCCCGUUAGGCUGGAAGCCAUGUACGAGGUCAUCGACCAAGGCCCCAUCCGUAGGAUCGAGAAGAUCAGGCAGAAGGGCUUUGUCCAGAAAUGUAAGGCCUCUGGUGUAGAGGGCCAGGUGGUGGCGGAGGGGAAGGACGGUGGUGGGGGAGCAGGAAGGCCAAGCCUGGGCAGCGAGAAGAAGAAAGAGGACCCAAGGAGAGCACAAGCGCCACCAACCAGAGAAAGUCGGGUGAAGGUCCUGAGAAAACUGGCCGCCACUACACCAGCUUUGCCCCAACCUCCCUCAACCCCCAGAGCCACCACCCUUCCUCCUGCUCCAGCCACAACGGUGACUCGGUCCACGUCCCGGGCGGUAACAGUUGCUGUAAGACCUAUGACCACCACUGCCUUUCCCACCACGCAGCGGCCCUGGACCCCCUCACCCUCCCACGGGCCCCCUACAACCACUGAGGUGACCACUGCCAGGGGACCCUCAGUUUCAGAGAAUCUUUACCCUCCAUCCCGGAAGGAUCCUCACAGGGAGAGGCCACAGACAACCAGGAGGCCCAGCAAGGCCACCAGCUUGGAGAGCUUCACAAAUGCCCCUCCCACCACCGUCUCAGAGCCCAGCGCAAGGGCUGCUGGCCCAGGCCGUUUCCGGGACAACCGCAUGGACAGGCGGGAACAUGGCCACCGAGACCCAAAUGUGGUGCCAGGUCCUCCCAAGCCAGCAAAGGAGAAACCUCCCAAAAAGAAGGCCCAGGACAAAAUUCUUAGUAAUGAGUAUGAGGAGAAGUAUGACCUCAGCCGGCCUACUGCCUCUCAGCUGGAGGAGGAGCUGCAGGUGGGGAAUGUUCCCCUUAAAAAAGCAAAGGAAUCUAAAAAGCAUGAAAAGCUUGAGAAACCCGAGAAGGAGAAGAAAAAAAAGAUGAAGAAUGAGAACGCAGACAAGUUACUUAAGAGUGAAAAGCAAAUGAAGAAGUCUGAGAAAAAGAGCAAGCAAGAGAAAGAGAAGAGCAAGAAGAAAAAAGGAGGUAAAACAGAACAGGAUGGCUAUCAGAAACCCACCAACAAACACUUCACGCAGAGUCCCAAGAAGUCAGUGGCCGACUUGCUGGGAUCCUUUGAAGGCAAACGAAGACUCCUUCUGAUCACUGCUCCCAAGGCUGAGAACAAUAUGUAUGUGCAACAACGUGAUGAAUAUCUGGAAAGUUUCUGCAAGAUGGCCACCAGGAAAAUCUCUGUGAUCACCAUCUUCGGCCCUGUCAACAACAGCACCAUGAAAAUCGACCACUUUCAGCUAGAUAAUGAGAAGCCCAUGCGAGUGGUGGAUGAUGAAGACUUGGUAGACCAGCAUCUCAUCAGCGAGCUGAGGAAAGAGUACGGAAUGACCUACAAUGACUUCUUCAUGGUGCUAACAGACGUGGAUCUGAGAGUCAAGCAAUACUAUGAGGUGCCAAUAACAAUGAAGUCUGUGUUUGAUCUGAUCGAUACUUUCCAGUCCCGAAUCAAAGAUAUGGAGAAGCAGAAGAAGGAGGGCAUUGUUUGCAAAGAGGACAAAAAGCAGUCCCUGGAGAACUUCCUAUCCAGGUUCCGGUGGAGGAGGAGGUUGCUGGUGAUCUCUGCUCCUAACGAUGAAGACUGGGCCUAUUCACAGCAGCUCUCUGCCCUCAGUGGUCAGGCAUGCAAUUUUGGUCUGCGCCACAUAACCAUUCUGAAGCUUUUAGGCGUUGGAGAGGAAGUUGGGGGAGUGUUAGAACUGUUCCCAAUUAAUGGGAGCUCUGUUGUUGAGCGAGAAGAUGUACCAGCCCAUUUGGUGAAAGACAUUCGUAACUAUUUUCAAGUGAGCCCGGAGUACUUCUCCAUGCUUCUAGUUGGAAAAGACGGAAAUGUCAAAUCCUGGUAUCCUUCCCCAAUGUGGUCCAUGGUGAUUGUGUACGAUUUAAUUGAUUCGAUGCAACUUCGGAGACAGGAAAUGGCGAUUCAGCAGUCACUGGGGAUGCGCUGCCCAGAAGAUGAGUAUGCAGGCUAUGGUUACCAUAGUUACCACCAAGGAUAUCAGGAUGGUUACCAGGAUGACUACCGUCAUCAUGAGAGUUAUCACCAUGGAUACCCUUACUGAACAGAAAUAUGUAACCUUAGACUCAGCCAGUUUCCUCUGCAGCUGCUAAAACCACAUGUGGCCAGCUCCAUUCUUCCACACUGCGUACUACAUUUCCUGCCUUUUUCUUUCAGUGUUUUUCUAAGAUUAAAUAAAUAGCAAACUUUCACCUA